AUGCCUCGCAAACACCGGUCUGCGUACCCGGCAUUAGCUACCAAUGCGAAACAGCUGAAUAGCGCGCGUUCACAUCACCCGGCUGAGCGCUCGGCAGCACUCGCGCCGGCCGUAUCUCCGCCAAGGACGGUGUUCUUUGACGCUACUUUGGAGAGUUACAUUGAACGUACUCGGACUCGGAGCUAUCCGGACUCUGGACAUCUUGCGGAGAUCGCUUUGCAGUACUCUACCGCUGUACCGCCUGGUACAGCACCCGUGUUACUUGGGCAAUGGGCUGAGGCGAAUACGUGUGGCGAUGUUGUGCGGCUAAAUGUCAGGCAAGGUCAGGCAGAAGCGGCCAUCGCAAAGGGCAACAUGCGGUUUAUACGCUCGUUCAUUACGUCCAGUCAAACGGCGUUUAAUAUGUGA